GUACGCAGCGAGCGAACGAAUUAGACCGAGAGCUUCUCUCUACGAAAUACGUGUAUUAUUUCCUCGUUGUGGAGCCAAAGUCACGCUAAAUACCAUUACAACUACACAUUCGUUCUCCCCGCUUUUUUGUUUUUCUUUCUUGAUUUAUGCAUUUUCUCCUUUUUUCCUGACGUGUAAACUGGUCCUGCUCUGUCUCCAUUCCGUUAGAACAGGCAACCGGGCAUUAAUUUGUGGACUGUCAUGGCGCUUCUGUGCUGAAUAGAAACAAAAUUUCACCUGUCAAAUCGUUUUCCCUGAUUUUUAAAUACGCUCAUUAACAGUGGAACUUUAGAAAAUGUCGUCGCCGGUCGACCGCUCUCACUGGCUUACUAUAUUUGCUUUAACUCUGCUAUUUGUCUCGUAUAACAUAGCAAACGCAGGAAUCAAUCAUUUAGAUAUCGAAGACAAUGAAUUUGCGGAGUUUGAAGAUUUUGAUGUGGAGGAUGUAGUUGGUGGGGUUGCCUCUGACCAGAAAAAUAUUGUUCACGAUCACGAAGAACCAUCAACUCCAGAACAAGAUCAAGAAGCAGCCAUAGCUGAUGAAGAUGAAGCCACUGUAGAGACUGAAGAUAAUGAAUUUGAACAUGUUGAUGAAGAUGAAUACGAGGGAUAUGAGAAAGAUUCUACAUCCAAACCUGAUCUCAAGUUAAACGAGGGACCUAAGAUCACUUUUGCCCAGCUACCAGCACAUUUGCGCUCAAAUUGGGAAAGUUACUACUUGGAACUCAUGAUCCUAGCUGGUCUUGUUCUCUACUUUUUUAACUUUUUUUUGGGUCGCAGCAAGAACCAACGAAUUGCAGAAACUUGGUAUUCAGCUUUCAAAGGACCUCUUCUUGACAAAUUUGCUUUGGUGGGUGAUGAUGGCAAACUGGAAAACAGCCAACCUGGUCUCAUGAAGGAAUCAGAAAAUGUUUACCUUUUAUGGUGCAGUGGAAGAACGGGUUGCGAAGCUGUUUUAUUUGAACUGAGGCUCUUGAAACGUCAGGAUCUCGUGGCAAUGGUGAUGAACCUGUUCCGGCCACAACAAGAUCAAGUACAUGUAAAAGUUUUUAUGAACGAUUCCGAUAUGGAUACGUUCGUUAUGUGCCUAGCUACUAAAAAGACGGCGAACCGCUUCGUCAGAGAGAUGGCAGACAUUAGUGUUUAUUGUCCCGAGAAAAAGUCAGCUGUGGACAAAUUCGGUUUACCAGCUAAUUUUGUCCUCAUGUCGGAAAUCGGUGAAGCUUCCUCCACUUUACUGGAUGUUCGCGUGUGCUCUCUCAUCAAUAACAUCCCAGAAGUCAUAGAAUCCAUUCAUUUCUCAGACCAGUAUUCUGGGCCCAAGCAGACGGAAGAUACGGCCCCGAGUAAAAUGCCUGAGGUGAAGAAAAUGCUCAUCUUCAAUUUCAAUUUACCUUUAAAAAAUGGCAAGAGCAUCGUUGAGGCCGUAGAAAUUAUACGGCCUGCCAUCAUGUUGACUUUCCACUGCAUCGACCGUGUCAAACGGUUCCGCCUGAGCAAGGAGUUUAAAGCGAAGGCGGAGAAAAAUCGUCAGAAGGUGGAAGAAGCCUUCCUGAAAUCGACUCACGCAGCCCGAGCCGAAGCUGCAGCUGCCCGACGUGAAGAAAAACGUCGCCUGGAGAAGGAAAAAAUUCUUCAAGACGAUGAUCCAGAAAAGCAACGAAAAUGGGAGGAAAAAGAAAACAAACGGCUGGCCAAGAAACGAAUGCCCAAAAUGAAAGCCAUUAAAGUGUAGAACCUUGCCAUCUUUUUGUUUUCGUCACGCGUUUUGGUUGUUUUGCUCAGACCGAUUUCUUUUUCCCUGUGUUGUUAAAGUUUCCAAUCAUCCCGUAUUUUAGGUAGAAUGAUCUACUUAUCUCAUGGUGUCUGGAAUUGGAAUUUCCUACACCAUCUUCUUUCUUAAGUAAAGCAUAUUAAAGUGUGAGAUGUAUUUUCAUUGUAGUCACCACUUCCAUCAAAGAAAAUAAAAGUCCUCCAUAUCAGGUAACAAAAAGAAAAA